AGUGCAUCUCCUCGCCGACUGCAGCGGCCACACAGCAGCGGUGGCAGCGCGCCUGCGCAGUGCAUCCAGGGGCUCGGCGGCGUUCGGUGCUGAAGUGGGGCGGAUGGCAGAAAAAACAGCGGCGAUGGACAUUUCACCGCAGGAUUCCCGUUUACGAUGUCGUUCAACAAGCACCGGGACAUCGCGUCGUUGAACCCACCGCCCUCGGACACUGACAGCCCGACACAGAAGAGGAUGCUGAACCUUCACUGCUCCCUGUACUCUCGCGUCCAUAAAUGAGCCUUUCACCGAGUUCCGAGGAAGCCUAGGAGGGGACGGAGAGCGAGACGCAAGAGGAGCGGAUCAAAUAAGGACGCAAGGGGAGGAAGCCGUCGUAUUUCACAUCCGCUCUCGUGUCCCGAUCGGCGCCGAUCCAUCAGGGAUGGUGAGACCAGUCACCUCUCUUUCCAGCGAGCCAAACAGCCGGUCCGUUAGCCAAACAGACGCCCACACAGUCCACCAGCUUGGUCUCUCCCUCAAUAAGCCUGCUAUCGUCCAGCAACCUAUUACCUCACGCCAUGACUGCUCUGUCUGACCUGUUUUUAGGAACUCGCUAAUUCAUGCCCCGAAGUGUGAGUGGAGUGGAGAUGAGAAAAAGGCAGGCGGCGCACAUCGAGGCCCCACCCCAGGCCCCCGGACAGCCCCGACCCAACACCUGCUGUCUCUGCUGGUGCGGCUGCUGCAAGUGUCUCUGGACUGAAGACAGGAUGGAGAGGAGUGAACGACAGACCUGCACCAAGAUGGACAGUAUUGAAGCUGCAGAUGAACAACAGCCCAGUCUAGACGAGGUGCUGUCGUGGGCACGGAGCUUCGAGAUGAUGCUGCGCUCGCUGGAGGGCCGGGAGGUCUUCCGGGAGUUCCUGCGCUCGGAGUACAGCGAGGACAACCUGCUUUUCUGGUUGGCCUGCGAGGAGCUGAAAAAGGAGACGGAUCCCACGGUGGUGGAGGAGAAGUCCAGGAUCAUAUACGAAGACUACGUGUCCAUAUUAUCGCCCAAAGAGGUGAGUCUGGACUCGCGGGUCAGAGAAGGAAUAAACCAGACCCUGGCGGAGCCCAGCAACCUGAUGUACGAGGAGGCCCAGUUCCAGAUCUACACCCUGAUGCACCGCGAUUCCUUCCCACGUUUCCUCAACUCCUCCGUUUACAGAGACCUCCUGGCCAACAGGAGGCGCGCCUGCCUCGACACCUAGACUCCUCCACCCUCGCUCAUUGCAAUCGUACGCCAACGAGACUACUACUUAAACUUCAAAUACUACUAUGGUGCCAGAAGUCGGGUUUGGAAAAGCUCUCCCUCUUUUUUGAUUGAAAAGACUGAAUGACAUCCAAGAUAGCUGGUUGUUUUUUUUGUUUUUUUAUUUAUAUUUUUUAAGCAAUUUUUAUCCAGUUCUCCACUGGAGCCAGGUCGGCCUUUGCUGGUUGGUUAUUGGUCAAUUUAAGACCAUUAAUGCUGGCCAGAAGGACUCCUCAGUCGAGAGAGAGACUGAAAGGACAAGCCAACUGUUCCUGUACUGUAAUAUUUAGACCUCAUGCUUUCUUCUCUCACGUUUAAUAUUAUCUCUCUUUUACUCAUUCUUACACAUUGUUUUGUUUUUCUAAUUCUGUCCCAUUCCUCAGAUGCGUAAAAGUUAGUUUUUAAUUUAAUUUUUUUUUUUUACUGUCCAAACAUGACACCUUGUUGUUAGUGGGAGUUGUGGCGCCCCUGCCCAUUUAACCAGUAGACGCACUGGCUCAGCAUGUAACUCUCUCUCUCUCUCAACAGUAGCUUGACGAUGUAAGCCGCGGACUGCAACCGUUUUUGAAUAUUGAGAUGUAUUAGGACGGGUGACCUGUCUCUUUGUAUGGAUGUCUACAUUCAGUGAAGGGAAAAAGUACACUUCUGACAAUUUUAAGCUUACUGCAGUUUUUUUUUUGAGUCGAUUUGACGGCUUCUGGAGCAAAGGCAGAAGCACCGACUCAUCCAUCCAUCCAUCCGUCCAUCCAAGCACUUUCCUUCUUUAGGAUUCUUUAACUGGGAGAAGUAAGGGCUAUAAUUGUGGUUGUGCAGCUACAUGUAUUAUUACUACUACCCCAUGACCUUUAGACAAAAAAAAAUCUCUCCACUGAGAAAAUCACAACGCCUUUACAUGUAAGAAAAUGCAGCGCAAGCGCUGCUUGGAGUUUUUCUGGAAAGCAACCACAGUUUGUCCAACGAUCCCUACCUCCCAUCUUUUUUUUCUCCCUCCAUCCUCCUCUUCCCUCCAACUCAGACCAUCACAAGCACAGGUGCCAAAUGUGGGGGGGGAAAAAACACUCCGGGUCUACAUUAUGAAAUUCUCCCGCAGAAAAAGAGGGUUUACUUUUGGGUGUUUUAUGAAUCGAGCAUUAUGGAAAGCUGGUUCUACUCUGAGAACAUAAGCAGAUGACCUAAUUUGAAAGGGUUACUAAGCCCUGGCUUUUGUCUGUGAGGCUUUAGCUUUAGGAAUGUAGGUAACAUGACGGUCCCUGAAGUUGGACGUCCGGUAUCGCGCUGCAGCCACGUGACCCCGGGUGCCAAACAUGAUGUCAAAGAUGCUGUGAUGCGAUAUCAGAUGCGACUUGUCUCCAGGCCGCAGAGUCUCGGUCUUUAUGGUGCAUGUGUGUGUGCUGGGAGAGUGUAUGGAAGUCCUUCAGUUAGCUACUGCCCAUUAACAACACUCUUUUUUUUAUUUUUUUUAACCAGAUCUAGAGAAGAGGGUUGCUAUAAUAAUGCUAACCUGCUACCAUACUGGGCUAGCGGAGACGUAUGUGUAUUCAUGGUCCAAGCUAGCACUCUCAACAAGGCCAACUAGGUUCCAGCAUGCUGUAGGCAAGCAGCCAGCAUGCCUGUGCUAGCCAAUGCUAAUCCUCCAUCCCACUGCCAGCCCUUACACACUCUGGUUUGUUUUUCUAAUCCGACUUUGACAGCAUGCGAUGAUAAUGUGUGUGUAUGGUACAGUUACACACUUAACAGAAAAAUGUAGAGGAAAAAAAAACUUAAAGAGGGUCUUGCCAAAUGUCCCAUUAACAUUUUGAAAAGGACACUUGUGUUUUUUUUUGAUGAUGUGAACAUUUGUUCCUGGAUGUGCAGUAGAAAGUGCAUGAAUGCAGUAUAUGCUGUUUUGUUUAAUGAACUGGGCCUCCCAAGUAUAAUAGCUGACCUCUUGGUUUGGUGGCAGUAUUAAAGUGUCAAUGAAACGGUGCCAUUCCUCACUGAUAAAUGUCAGCAUCCAUGUUGCCAUCUCCUUUAACUACCUGAAGUUCACGUGCCAAGUUGGGUCUUGAUUAAAUGCAAGAGUAGACGGCGCAAGAUGUCUAGCAGACUAUUGAAGUGCAAUUGGAUGUAGUUAGUGAUUUUAGAGUCUUUUUGAAGCUGUGUCCCACUAUGUUAGAUUGGUUUUGCCAGAAGUUUAUCUUAUGAAUUACUAACUGCAACACCUUUCAGAAUACUCUAAAUGUUUUAAAGCCUCUGUUGGAUUAUUCUAGAGGCUAGCUGCCUCUAGUUAACAUUUGCAAGUUUUACAAGAAUAUUUAAAUAUGAACGCAGAUUAUUAAAUGUAUCUUAAAAAAAGAUUUGAGUUUUCCUCCAGACUUAUAUUCACUUACAGUGUUAACAUGCUAACUCAGUGAAGCUGCCAUGUCAAAACCAGGCUAUUAUAUGACUACAAAAGAUUAAAGUAUUGGUUAUAAAUACGGCAAAUGUAACACUGUAACGUCAAAAAGGCCAACAGUUUUGCAAUGUUCCUUAGUGAAAAUAUGCUAUAUUGAAACCUUUGGCAAUACAGUGCUCACAUACAGACGACAUUAAUACCCAUAAGGACUUGAUUGAUAACGCUUGGCUGCUGUAAUGAAGAGCUGUGCAUGCAUGCGCUCAGUUGACCAGAAGCAUAAGAAUACAGUGUCAUCAACCAAUUCUAACACUGAAGGAUCAGUUGUCGGAUCAGUUGUACUCAUUGGAGCAGUUUUAAUUUCCCGGAAACAUUUUAGAUGUUGUAUUUGGACAACGUUGUAACUUUUUGACUCGGUAGAAGAAAGCCUGCCACUCGUCAGGUUCUCUCUCUCUCCUGCAGACAAAUCCCUCUUCUGCACAGUACAGCUGUGUUCCCCUGUUGCCGAGUCCACACAGUUCUUAACACGAGAAUGUUUCACCAAGAACCACAUGAUGAAAUCCUGGUGCAAUUAAACCACGUUUACAUUUAUAAAUUGUGAGAUGCGUGUACCUUUUUAUUAAAUGCUCGCAGCCGUGGGGAGUUAACCGUCCCGUAAAGUGUGAGCAGAGCAGCCAGCAGGUCUCUCUGCCCAGUGCACUUUGCAGGGUUUACAGGGAGGACAGACACAGCAGAGACCCGGGUAAUGGGGUUUUGCCGGGGAGGACGGGCGUACGUCCUUUCUUCUUAAUUUAUUGUGACUUUUACACGGUGGGGGAAAAAAAAGUACACUGUUGUUUAUUUUUAAUAACUGCAUUUCAAAUGUAGAUUUUACAAGCAAUGAUGAUGAAGAUGUGAAGUGAUGUAGUGUCAUCGCUGAGUUUAGAGUUUUGUCUUUACAUUUCCGUGGGUUCCAAGCGAGUGGGUUUCUGAAACGUGGCCGUGGUUUUAAUCGACUGCACAAAGGUUGAGAGCUGAAGUGGAGGAUUGAGAAUUUUUGGCCUUAGUGACACGUUUUAUUUUGUAUUUCUUUGUAUAAAAAAAAAAAAAAAAA